GCCGCCGCCGCGGGAGACGUGGAGUCCAAGUGCUACCUAGGCUACAUCUACUACUUCGUGGACGAGCACAGAGACGUGCAGCAGGCGCUCAAGUACCUGGUGGAGGCAGCCAACCACGACUACGGAGAAGCCUUCUUCUUCCUCGCGGAAAUCAUCCUGGACGUGUCUAUCAAAAAGCACCACAUCGCCGACACCGUGUACCGCACCAUCUUCAAGCUCUAUGAGCACGCGGCCGACCUGGGCUACGUGCAAGCCUACUUCCGCGAAGCCCAGCUAUACGAAAUAGGGAAGGGGGUGCAGGCAUCCUGCCUGAAUGCGGCCCUGUCCUACAAGUUCGUCGCAGAGAGCACCAUGUGGACCAAUCAAAUUAGGGAGGGUAUGAACGACUACGUGCAGAAGAACUACCUGAAGGCCUUCUACACCUACGCCCUGGCAGCGUAUGAAGGAUACGAAGUUGCUCAAAGCAAUAUGAUUUACAUCUACAGAAAGAACCGGUUCAACCGUUUGAUCAAACCGGAGAAGGUCAUGCAGAUGCUGCACCUCAUGUAUAAGCAGGGCAAUUACAAAGCGCUGUACGAAAUUGGGAAGAUAUACAAGCAAGAGAAUAAGGACAGCGUGUCCGUUAUCUACCACAAGCUGGGGUUGAACAAGGGCGACUUGCGUAACCUUGUUCCGCUGUCUGUAUACUAUGAGAAGAACAUGGAUCCGGAUAGGGCCCUCAAGUACCUCAACUACUUCCUGAAGCAGAGGAGGAGGGAGAAACCUUCGAGCAGCACCAAAGUGGAGAAAAUGAGGACCAUUCUGGAAAGCUCCUUGUUGUACUUUCGUAAGUUUAAGUUACUUUUUAAAAGUUUUUACUCGGCGAGACAGAAAAAAGGGAGUGGCACGUGA